AUGUGCCGAUGCCUUGGACGAAGUUCAGUGCGACGUCAUUCAGUUGAUAUGCGAUCUGUGUCGACACAAACGUACAUUUCACCCUCGGCAGCGUGUCCGCGACCCACUCCACACAGACGUCUGCUAGCUGUGAGGCCUCAAUCAGCGCCAUUGCAAGAGGAGGAGGAAGGGGAGGGAGCGGACGUUGUGGAGAGAGUGGCAACUGAAGAGGCCGUGAAGCCCUGGCGCCAUCAACAUUUACUAACCCCACCUGUCACCUCUACUGCCAUCUCUGCCACCGGUUCGUGUUGCCGUUUCUGUGUGCAUUCACAACGCCAGUUGUCGUCCGCAAAUUCUUCACGUUCCUCAUCAGUAUUUGUAUUUGGCGAAGACCUACUUGGUAAGAACUUCGAUUUCAAGCGAUAUUACUUCGUCCUACUUUGCAAUUACUUGGAAAAUGAGUGUAAGCUCCAGCGCUGA